AUGGCUGACUACGAUGAAUACGCGUUCUUGGAGGCAGCAGUGGACGGCAAGCUGCCGCCCCCGCCCGCGUUGGAGCCAGCAGAGAAGCCUCGGGACUCCAGCAGGAGUAAGGACGGCGGUAGAGAGGAGAAGGAACGCAGCAGCAAGGAGAAGAGGCACCGCAG